UGGUUGAAUCAUAAGGUGUAAUUCAAUAUUCUAUAAAUAAAAAUUAUUUUAGUCCAAUUUCUUCUUUAAAUUUCUUUACAUUGUGUCUCCAUCUAUUAAAGCUGAGCGUUGUUUGAGGUUAUUUCUAAAAUUAGUGUAACCGAAUAGUGGCCUGUAGCAUUAUUGGCAAUCAAUUUGAAAGAUGGGUCGCAAGAGUCAGUCUAAACACAACAAACCGAGACCUAACCUCAAUAACAAACAGCAGAAACUGUCUGAGCUGGUCGAUCAAUUGCUGAGGGUGACUGUGAAAACGCCCCAUGCUAAUGUCACUAAAGAGUUAGAAGCCCACAAGGAGAUAUUUGCAUUAACAGAGAAAAUUAAUGAAUUGGAAGCCAACGAAAUCUGCACGAACCGCACAGAUGGCGCAGCAUUGGAGGCUUUCAAAGUCUGGCUUAAGGACAAUGGCGCGAAAUUCGAUGGUACAUCCAUUGCCCAUUUCGAGGGAUACGAUUUGGGGCUUAAAACUGAAGUGGACAUAGUGGAAGGGUCCUUGAUCAUUGCCAUACCGAGGAAGAUUAUGCUUACUCUAGAUUCAGCAAUGCACACGACCUUAGCUCCGCUCCUUGAAAAGGACGCGAUCUUGAAGAAUAUGCCAAACGUUGUUUUGGCAAUGUUUCUGCUCGUGGAGAAGUUUAAAGAGGAUUCCUUCUGGAAGCCCUACAUCGACGUCUUGCCGAAUAAUUAUUCAACGGUUUUAUAUUAUGACUAUCUUGAAUUAGAAGAGCUCAUUGGUUCUCCGAAUCUUAAAUUGGCGCUCAAACAAAUCAAAAGCAUUUGCAGGCAAUAUGCUUAUUUCUACAAGCUUAUCCACACCUCCGAGGAGUCCGUUUGUUUGGGUUUACGUGGAAAAUUCUCCUUUAAGCAAUAUUGUUGGGCCGUUUCUACUGUAAUGACCCGCCAAAACACUAUCCCGUCCGAGGAUAAAGCAGAAAUGACCAGUGCAUUAAUUCCAUUAUGGGAUUUCUGUAAUCACACUAAUGGAAAUAUUUCAACAGAUUAUAAUCCUAUGGAAGAUAGGAGCGAAUGUCUGGCCGUGAGGGAUUUCAAAAAGGGCGAACAAUUAUUCAUCUUUUAUGGAGCCAGAACGAACUCCGAUCUAUUCAUUCACAAUGGAUUUGUUUACGAAGAGAACGAGCACGAUGGUUUCGCACUUAGUUUGGGUAUUAGCCAAUCCGACCCGUUGCGAGAAAAACGUGCAAUUUUACUCGAAAAGCUGCUUAUAAAUCCAAACAGCACUUUCUACUUGAACAAUGGCCAGCAACCAAUUAUCGGCGAGCUGCUUGCUUUCCUGAGAGUAUUCAACAUGAAUGAAGAUCAAUUGCAGCACUGGAUUGAGAGCGAUAAGUGUGCCGACUUGCAGUGUCUCGAUUGUGCGCUAGAUACGGUUUUGGAGAAGAAAACCUGGUCAUUUCUUCAAAUAAGAAUAAAAUUGUUACUCGCGGCAUAUAAAACUACUUUGGAGGAUGACGAGAAGCGUCUCGCCGCCAACAUAUUGAAACCAAAUAGAAAAUUAGCAAUUAGGAUGCGAGUUACCGAGAAGAAAAUCUUGAAGACCGUACUGGAUUAUGUGGAACAAUGCAUCAAGCAGUAAAGUGUUUUCUCUUAUCGAUAUUGCAAUAAACAAUGCCUUUGUUUUAUUUAUUUAACAUUAA